AUGCUAAGAACCGCUUCCAGAUCUGCAUUCAGAAGAACCCUGGCAUCGCACGCCAAACCACAGCUCACCGAGCUGUCCAAUGGUCUCAGAGUCGCCACCAGCUCCAACGACCAGGCCGGCACCGCUACCGUCGGUAUCGUGUUCGGCUCCGGUUCCACCGCUGAAAACCCUUACAACAACGGUGUCUCCAGCAUCAUUUCCAACCUGGUCAAGAGUGAGGGUGCUUUGCCAGCUGCCAAAGUGGGCGCCCAGCUCUCCACCCGUGUCUCCAGAGAAUCUCAGUCAUUCUUGGCCUCCUACACUGGCGCUGCCGGCCUCAACAAGAGCUUGGAUCUAUUGCAAUCGCAAAUCUCCACCGCUUUGGGUUCCGGUUCUGACGGCGCUUUCGCAGGUGCCAUCCAGAAGAGCGUCCAGCAGGCUGAACAUUUCGAGCUCAAUGACCAUGCCGGUCGUGUCCUAGAACACUUGCACGCAACCGCUUUCCAAAACACCCCAUUGGCUCUGCCCGUAAGAGGUACUGUCGAGGCCUUGCAGGAAUUGGAAAAGGUCGACAUCGAGACUUUUGCUCAAAACCACUUCCGCAACUCCAACGCCGUCAUUGUUGGUUCCGGUAACGUGUCCCACGAGGAGCUCGUCAAGGCUGUCGAGUCCCAAUUGUCCUUGCAGUCCGGUGAAAAGCCAGAGCUAAAGAAACAAUCGUCCUUCUUGGGUUCCGAGGUCAGAUUGAGAGAUGACACUCUUCCAAAGGCUUGGAUCGCAAUCGCCGCUGAGGGUGAAUCUGUCACUUCUCCUAACUACCACGUCGCUCAGGUCGCCGCUGAAGUUUUCGGAUCCUUCAACGCCGCCGAACCUGCUUCCCAGCUACAGGGUGUCAAGCUACUUGACGAAGUCCAAGAAUACCACUUGGUAGACACUUACGACCACUACUCCCUCUCUUACAAGGACUCUGGUCUAUGGGGGUUUGCUGCUGAAAUAUCGAACAUUGGCCAAAUCGACGAUCUAACUCACUUCACCUUGAAACAAUGGAACAGAUUGACCAUUUCCGUCACCGAGCAGGAAGUCGCCCGUGCUAAGUCCCUAUUGAAACUCAAAUUGGGCAGCUCCUCUCUUGACAAUGUCUCUAUUGCCAACACUCUAGGUGCUAAGACUUUGGCCCUAGGCUCCUCUCCUGAUUUGACUCAAGUAUUCGAAAAGAUUGAUGCCAUCACCGUCAAAGAUGUGAAAGCCUGGGCUUCUGCCAAAUUGUGGGACCAAGACAUCGCCAUCUCCGGUACCGGUCAAAUCGAAGAUUUGCUCGACUACAUGAGACUCAGAAACGACAUGAGUAUGAUGAGAUGGUAA